AAGCAACAAAGCCUCUUCUCAACUUUACGAGCUGAUUUUCUUUCUCUAUUUAUUAACUAUACUAGUUUUACACACUUGAGAAUUGAAGUUAAUUAGAAGAGGCUGCUAGCUAGCUAGGGAUCAAAAAAAAAAGAUAUGGUUUCAUCAAUUGGCUCUACUCUUGUUACACUUUUCUAUUUUUCCCAGCUACUAAUAAUUAGUAUUUGCAUGCAUUCUUCAAAUGCCCGUCUUCUUCUUCUUCUUCACGCAAAUCAUAAACCUUCUUCCACAAAACCACUUCAUUUCCCCAAUUCUCUUCAGAUUUUAGAAAACAAUGAAGGUGGCAAGAGAGUGGAAAAAGCUCGAGUGAGCGCCGAAAUAAAACGAUUGUCGACGGAAAAUGAACAUCAUGACAAUAAUAUGAAGAUUGAUGAUCAUCAUGGGGUUUAUAAUAAUAAGGAAGGAAAUGAAAUGGUUGAGGAUCACAAGGAUUUGCUAAAGGGUAAAAACAAUGAGAAGGUUCUUGAAAGACCACCUUCUUCGUCACAACACCAUGGAAAACAAGAGGAUGCCGCCGGUCUCAAGAGUGAUGACAUUGUAGUGAUGGACUAUCAACCACCUCAUCGCAAAACACCUAUUCAUAACAAAUGAGUUUGUAUGCAUUAUAUAUAUAUAUUGCCCAUUUGUGUUGAAACACAUAUGCAUAAUGUAUAUGUACACAUCUACCAUUUAUAUAUGCGGAAGUAAAUA